CCUUACGAAUGCCAAUGCCAAUGAGACGCUGCGUCUGUCCUUCCCCUUUCCACCUCCAAUUUCCUCUCACCGCUCUCCCCCCAACCAUAAUUCCCAUCAAACCCCCACCUCCCCUGCCGCAGCUGGAGAGCCUCCCCAGCCCGGCAGCGCGGAUGGCGGCUCGGGUGGCGGCUCGGAUGGCGGCUCGGAUGGCGGCUCGGAUGGCGGCUCGGGUGCAGCUGGGCUCUCCUGUGAUGCUGCGGCUUCCCUUACUCCCUCCGCUUCAAUUCCCCUCCCCCUCGUGACCCCACACACUCCCCUCUCGCCGACCAUCCCUUCUCCCCAUUCCUCCAGCCCCCCCCCUCGUCUCCCUUCCCCCCUGCUGCAGCUGGAGACUCUUCCCAAGCUGGCGGCGCAGAUGGCGGCUCUCAUGUGCCGCUGCUCCGUUUCUUCUCCAUCUGCCUUAAUCCCCACUCCUCCCACCCCCUUCCCUCUCAUACACUCCCCGUACUUCUCCCCCCCGUCUGUCGCAGCUAGAGAGCCUCCCCAAGCUGGCAGCACGGAUGGCGGCUCUCAUACAAUGGAGAGUGGAGAAGCGGAGGGAGUGGUGGAGAGGCAGGUGGAGAGCGGUGUGGAGUGGUUGGAGAUGGAUGGGGAGGGGAUUGAUGAUGACAUGCUUGCUGCUAUGAACCUGCACGAGCGCUUCCCUAACCUGGUGGGUCUGAGCCUCUGGGGCAACCGACUUACAGACGCUGCUCAAGUGGCCUCCCUGCUCUCGCCUCUCACCUCCCUGCGUGCGCUCUGGCUCAAUGAAAACCCCUGUGCUGCCACCGAGUCUGCUGCUGCUGACCUGAGAAACACCCUCCUCAAAUCCCUCCCUAAUCUUGAGCUCUUCAACCGCCACUUCACCCGCCGCUAUUCCACGUGGUCGCUGCUCUUCGCUGCUGACGUGGCGGGCCCUCACCGCGCCACGUUGGAUGGUGACGUGGCGGCUGCUGAGCUGGCACGGUUGACUGAAGUUGACUUGUCUGACCGGGGAAUUGUGGAGCUCAAGCAAGAGGUCUUCUCCCCAGCCCUCCUCCCAUCACUCGCCCACAUCAACCUCUCUCAGAACCCUCUCCCUCUCUCCCCUCUCGCUCCCAUCGACGCCUCUCGUGCCUCUGUGCUGCUGCCGCUCGCCUCGCUUCCCUCGCUGCACUCUCUGCAAACCUGGAAGGCCUCUUCCCCUUCGAUCAAAACGACACUGCCUCCACUCUCCCCCGCCUCUCCUCCCCCAACGGCGCUCCGCUCUCCUCCCAAUGUUGUCUCCCUCUCCCCCCUUCCGUUCUGUGCUACCAUGCUUCUUUGCCCCCUCCCACCCUCCCAGGUAGACCUAGAAGGCCCCUUCCCCUUUGAUCCAUACGACACCGCUUCAACCCUCCCCCGCCUCUCCUCCCUCAACGGCGCUCCGCUCUCCUCCUUCAUGCGCGGAGGUUCCUGGAUGUUUCCUCGCCUGCCAGCCUGGCAGCCCGGCACGCCAUUGGUGGAUCGAGUGCUGCAUGCCAUGUGGCGCCACGUGUGCAGCUACAAGCUCGCCACUGAGACUCAAUUGGACGAGUCUGCUGUGUGGUACGUAAUGGACGAGUUCGGCAGUGCCUUCCGCCACAGCGACCGCCCCAACUUCCGCUGUGCGCCCUUCCUCUUCCUGCCUGAUGGCUCCUUCGCUUCAGCUGUCAGCUACUCGCUCGUGUGGCCUCUGGCAGCAGCACAGCCUCUUGUGUCGUGUCUCUCAACCCACCGCCUCUCCCUGUCCUCACCUCCGCUCCCUCCCCCACUCCUCCCAGCUACUCGCUGGUGUGGCCGCCCAGUGGCAGCAGUGCAGGCGGGGGACGAGUGCACGAGGGACUAUCUCGCUGGAGUGGGGCGGGAUCUGCUCCUCUCAACGCCUCUGUUCACACCCAACUACCCGUGCUGCGCUCCCAUUCCUGCCCUUUCCUCCCUGUCCCCACCUCUCUCACCCCAGCUACUCGCUGGUGUGGCCGGUGGCAGCAGUGCAGCCGGGGGAGGAGUGCACGAGGGACUAUCUUGCCGGGGUGGGGGAGGAGCAGCAGCGCUCCGCCAAGCUGUCAGUCUGGUUCCACACACCCUCAAGCGCAUUCCAGCAAGUAUGGCAGCUCUCCCACUCCUUCCUCAACUCGACUUUCUCACUAAAGGGCAGCAGCAGCGCUCAGCCAGGCUGUCCAUGUGGUUCCACGCGCCCUCCUCCUGCUUCCACCAAGUAUUCUAUGCUCCCGCCGGCAGCGGCCAAGCUGUCCGUGUGGUCCCACAGCACACUCCCUCGAGUUGCGACCAGCAAGUGUGGCAGCUCUUAUCCACUCCUGUCAGCAUGCAUAUUGAACUCCGUGCCUACGAGCAGCGCCUGUGCAGAUUCGCAGCAGCGGCCGCCAAGCACGCAGAGGCAACCGCUCUCCUUGCUUGUGCCGAACCCGACAAUAGAGAGGACAAGGCAGGAGGAGGCGAGGCGGGUGGAGCAACAGGCGAACCGGAGAAAGCAGCGGAGCCAGAGAAGGCGGAAGCAGGGAAGCGGGUGUAUCGAGUGUUCAGUGAUCUGCCCCACGUCCUUGACACACUCUCCCGCCCCGAGUUCGUAUUUGUUGACAAACCCAGCGAGGCGGACAUCAUAUGGACGAGCAUGCAGGUGGACGAUGCGUUCAGAGAGGCGGCUGGGCUGAAGGAGAGGCGGGAGAAGGGCGGCAGUGAGCCGUUUGUGAACCAGUUCCCGUUUGAGGCGUGCUUUGUCAUGAAACACCACCUGGCGAAGACAGUCCAGCAGGCAUAUGGCAACACGCGUCCCUGGUUACAGGACACGUACGACAUGCAGUCAGAGCUGGCAGCGCUAAUAGGAUGCUUCCAGCAGCGAGAGGCGGCGGCUGCUGCUGCUGGGGGGAGGCAAUUGAUUUCCACCUAUGAGGGCCGUGAGGAGUCUGAGAAGACUGAAGACCUCGAUCUGGACAACACGUGGAUCUUAAAGCCCUGGAAUCUCGCGCGCAGCAUGGAUGCAACGGUGGCGCGCCACCUGGCGCAGAUCGUACGGCUGGCAGAGACCGGCCCAAAGGUCUGCCAGAAGUACAUCUCCCGCCCUGCGCUCUUCCACGGAAGAAAGUUCGACCUGCGCUUCCUUCUGCUGCUCAAAAGACUGAGACCCCUCGAGGCGUAUCUCUCAGACGUGUUCUGGGCACGCAUCGCCAACAAGAAAUACUCGCAAGCAGAGGACUCCCUGUCGGACUUCCAGACGCACUUCACUGUCAUGAACUACAGCGGUCACAAGUACGAGCACGUGCCAACACACGAGUUCGUACAGGCGUUUGAGGAAGAGCACAGCGUGACGUGGCACUCCAUUGACCAAUCAGUGCAGAGAAUGUUGCGGGAGCUCCUGGCUGCUGCUGUUACCGUCCAUCCCGAGAUGCAGCCAGAAGACGACACCUGUCGCGCAAUCUACGGUGUGGAUGUGAUGCUGGAUGAUCACUUCCAACCCAAGCUUCUGGAGGUUACAUACUGCCCAGACUGCACGCGGGCUGUGACUUACGACAUGAAGAGGAUAAUCCCAAGGCCUACUGACUCAAAUGGCAACGCAGAAGCUGAAGACGAAUCUGUGUGGCUGCGACCAAAAACCUUUUUCAACGACGUGUUUGGAUGCCUCUUCCUAGGAGAAACCCGCAACGUGCGGCGCCUGUGA